CCCGCGCCGGAAGUUCCGGUGGCAGAUCGCCGGACUGGGCCGAGCGGAUCGCGGCGCGGGCUGCGGGAGCUGGCCGGCCGGGCGCUGAGCCCAAGCUGUGCCGCGCGGCGCCAUGAAGGGCAAGGAGGAGAAGGAGGGUGGCCCGCGGCUGGGCGCUGGCGGCGGCAGCCCUGAUAAGAGCCCGAGUGCGCAGGAGCUGAAGGAACAGGGGAACCGGCUCUUCGUGGGCCGCAAAUACCCGGAGGCGGCGGCCUGCUACGGCCGCGCCAUCACUCGGAACCCGCUGGUGGCAGUGUACUACACCAACCGUGCCCUGUGCUACUUAAAGAUGCAGCAACCUGAACAGGCACUUGCUGACUGUCGACGUGCCCUGGAGCUGGAUGCGCAGUCUGUGAAGGCACAUUUCUUCCUGGGGCAGUGCCAGCUGGAGAUGGAGAGUUACGAUGAGGCCAUUGCCAAUCUGCAGCGAGCCUACGGUUUGGCCAAGGAACAGCGGCUCAACUUUGGGGAUGAUAUCCCCAGUGCCCUGCGCAUUGCUAAGAAGAAGCGCUGGAACAGUAUUGAGGAACGUCGCAUCCAUCAGGAGAGUGAGCUGCACUCCUAUCUCACCAGGCUCAUUGCUGCUGAACGAGAGAGGGAAUUGGAAGAGUGUCAGCGCAACCAUGAGGGUGACGAGGACGAUGGACAUGUCCGAGCCCAGCAGGCCUGCAUUGAGGCCAAGCACGUGAGGGACAAAUACAUGGCAGACAUGGAUGAGCUCUUCUCUCAGGUGGAUGAGAAGAGAAAGAAACGAGAUAUCCCUGACUAUCUGUGUGGUAAGAUCAGCUUUGAGCUGAUGCGGGAACCCUGCAUCACACCCAGUGGUAUCACGUAUGACCGCAAGGACAUUGAGGAGCACCUGCAGCGUGUGGGCCACUUUGACCCUGUGACUCGGAGCCCUCUGACCCAGGAACAGCUCAUCCCCAACCUGGCCAUGAAGGAAGUCAUCGAUGCAUUCAUCUCUGAGAAUGGCUGGGUAGAGGACUACUAAGACCUUGCCCUGCUUUGCCUGGCACCCUGGCCCAGGAGGGUCCAGGAACAGAAGCCCCAGUCCCUGUACAUAGUUUGUGUUCCUGGGCCUACCCCAUCAGUUUUGCUGAUGGCUUAUGGACUGCUCUCCCCUCAGCAUACCCUUGCUGGGCCAUGAGCCUCCCCUGUCCCCCUUCUGGGCUGGAAAGCAGGUGAGGGUGGGCUGAGGUUGCUGCUGCUGCCACUGUCCUGUAAUAAAGUCUUUGAGCACUA